AUGAACUUGCUUAACUCAUUACUUGGUGCUGGAAUUCUCGCUGUUCCAAACUCAAUGAUAUCAUGUGGACUUUUCCCAUCAUUAAUUUUACUUGCUGCCAUUGCAACAAUAUCUUAUUUCUCAACAGCAAUGGAAAUGAAAUUACAACUUGAGCUUCAAUCAAGUGGUCUCGAUGAUCUUGCAUUGAAGAUUCUCGGAAAAACAGGACAGGUUAUUCUUUCCGUUCUUACACUUGCUUUCUGCGAAGUUGCGAACCUUGCUUACAUCAUUAUCUCAGGAGACACAGUUAUAUCAUGGUUCAACAUCGCUGGAAUUGAUAUUUCAUCACUUUGGAGAAGAGCAGGAAUGAUUUUAGUUUAUUCAAUCGCUCUUCCUAUUGCUCUUGCUAUUCCACGUUCAAUGAAAUUCCUUUCUUACAUUUCAACUGUUGCUCUUUUAUUGAUCAUCUUCUUUGUUGUUGCAAUGAUCAUUAAAGGUGCAAAAGAAUUUCCAAAACUUGGAAUCCACAAAGGAGUUUCAUGGGGAAGAAUCAAUUUUGAUGUUUUCUUUGCACUUUCUAUUUAUGGAUUGACAUUUACACUCCCAAUCACAACUCUUCCAAUUGUUGAUAAUUAUGCAAAGUCAUACAAGAAGAGGAACAUGACUGCAAUUGUUUCUUCAGUUGUCUGCUACUUUUUGGUCAUUAUUCCAGGAAUUAUUGGUUAUUUGUUAUUCGGAACAGAUACAAAAGAUAUCAUCCUCGAAAACUUCGAAAAUGAUGAUAUUUUGAUGAUUAUCGUCAGAGCUGGUUUCUUCUUCGCUGUUACCUUCUCUUAUCCAUGCAUGUGCCAGCAGAUUUUCGCUUCUUUCUCCCAGUUAAUAUACGGAAACAAUGAUUUCAACACUCUCAAUAACAUGAAAAGAGUUAUCAUUCACAUUGUUUCUCAUGCAAUUCCCAUUCCAAUUGCAAUGUUCUUCCCUCAAAUCAAACCAGUUCUUGAUGUUGGAGGAGCUUUAGGUGGAUGCAUUGUAGGCUUUUCUUAUCCAGCAUUACUUUGGUACUACCACUACAGACCACAGUGGAAGGAAAUGCAAUUCUGGCUCGUCUGGGGAUUGUUCGCUUUCGGUGUUGUCAUCGCUAUUGUUUCAAUUACAAUUUCCGUAAUGCAAAUUGUUAAGAAAUAA